ACGAAAUCGCAUUUGAUCUCAGUCUACAGUUAUGUCCUGUUGGUCUUCUUCUGUUUAAAUUUGGUUCAAUGCUCUUCCUAUCAGUUCUGUCCAAGUCAUUAAGCAGCAUAACAUAAUGGGCAAGAAGCGUGUUCAGGUCAGCUACGGAGUAGAUAUUGACGCCGUAGCCGGAUGGCUGGGAUCAUACGGCGGAGAGGACAGUUCCAAUGACAUCAGUCGUGGUCUCUUUGCCGGCCACAUUGGCACCACGCGGCUAUUGAAGCUAUUUGAGAAAUAUGGUAUCAAAGCAACAUGGUUCAUCCCAGGUCACUCGCUCGAGACCUUUCCGGUGGAGUGUGCCAUGGUCCGCGAUCAGGGCCACGAGAUCGGUCUCCAUGGCUACAGCCAUGAGAAUCCAACGGGCAUGAGCAUCGAGCAGCAGCGUGAUAUCUUGGACAAGACCUACCACAUGCUCUACAAAUUCUGCGGCAAGCCGCCACGGGGCAUUGUUGCUCCGUGGUGGGAAACGAGCAAGGAAAUGGCCGACCUUUUGCUCUCCUAUGGGAUUGAGUACGAUCAUUCCAUGUCCCAUCAUGAUUGCCAGAUGUACUGGCUGCGGACAGGCGACUCGUGGACCAAGAUCGACUAUAGUCAGAAGGCUGAGACGUGGAUGAAGCCGCUAGUCCGGGGUCAGGAUACGGGGCUGGUGGAAAUUCCUGGAAAUUGGUACAUCGAUGAUUUGCCGCCCAUGAUGUUUAUCAAGUCGGCACCGAACAGCCACGGAUGGGUCAAUCCACGAGACAUUGAGGAUAUCUGGAAAGACCACUUCGACUAUUUCUACCGCGAGUACGACGAAUUUGUUUUCCCCAUGACUAUACAUCCUGAUGUUUCUGGACGUCCGCAUGUUCUUUUGAUGCAUGAAAGAAUAAUUGAGCAUAUCAAUGAGCACGAGGGUGUCGAGUGGGUGACAUUUGAGCAAUUGUGUGACGAUUUCAAGAGCAAAAACAAGCCACCCGAGGGGGCAAGAAUGCCCGAAGCUCCCAUGCCAUUUAAGCCCACAUGAUCAAUUAUCUGACUCCGUAGGACUCUUACUAUCAUCAAGUGAGGAAGAAGAUGUUAGCAGCCUGAGGAAUAGCCCUUCUGACUACUGCUCU